AUGUAUCCUUCUAGUGUAUUCACUAUAAUUGUAGCAGUGUAUGAUCCUGUUAGGCCAGCAACAACAAUGAACAAACAGACUCUCACUACUACAGCAGUGUAUGAUCCUGUUUGUGGCCCUAAUUGGGAGCUAGAACAGAGAUCUCAGGUGUGUUACCUGUUCUACCUUCACCCAGCCACCUGGUCAUCUGCCAGAAGUUUCUGUCGGUCAAUCGGAGGGGAGUUACUCAGCAUAAACAACCUGAGGGAAUAUUACUACAUAUUAGGAAGACUGACAGGGAUGAGGAAUUCUGGGAGCUUUUGGAUUGGUGGAUAUGAUGAGAGUGACAAGGGUGGGUGGGCGUGGUCAGAUGGCUCUCCGUUUAGUUUCUUUAAUUUCAGACGAG